ACGCAUUUGAACGGCUGUGAGCGAGUCUCGUGCUCGCGCAGCCCCGUUGGGUACACCUGCCAUCCCCGACAGUUGCCUCGCUGCCGGGGACUCUCCCUCCCCGGAGCUACCUUUGAGACACUUCGCCGAACGGCUGCACCAGCACCAACUUCCACACUUGAGGUACCGUACUAUCCUGGCAGGGCGUAAUCCGAAACGCUCCCUUCCAUCAUCAUGGCCUUCCACACCAAUGUGUUCCGGAAUGGGGAAUGGGUGACCGAAACGGUCAACCUGCACGCCGUCUUGAAGGCACACAAGCCAGCCCCAAAGGCUGCGGCUAGGAUAGAUGCUGUGAAGCCUCCACGCUGCGGCCUGCUCACAACCACCGUCAUGGAGAGUGCCCGCCCAAAUCUGCUCUUGCCGGUCCGGAUCCGGUCUCCCGACCACAAUGACAUUGCCUUCGUGGGAGUACGUUCAUCAAAUCUGCCCCCGUUGUUGUCGCGCGCUCGCCUUCUACAGGCAUUCCCUGACUCCGAAGCCCAUCAGGACCAUUUUGUUCAGAUCUCCGAGCUCCGGAAAGAUGGGCGCAUCGAGGAGAUUGUGCGGAAAAAUGACUUUGGAUGCCGCAUUCGCAACGCCUGCGUGGUCGGCUCCUUCGUCGUCCCGGAUCUCAACGACGAGCGGAGCGCCGAUCCUUUCUCGCCCUCUAUCGUGAAGACCGAACACGAUGCGCCGAGCCAAUACGGCAGCGCGAGAGUGAGGCCGUUUUCCUCGGGCGCGAGCCUUCCACCUCAGUUACUGGCGGUUGUUCUAGAGACCGGAGCCACUGUGUUCUUGUUUGUCCGCCACGGCCCCGACGGUAGGCCCGAGUUCGUGGCCUCGCGCUGUCAGUAUCCGAGACGUCCAGACCCAUACUUGGGCUUCCACAUGGCCGUCGACCCGAGCUCUCGCUACAUGGCACUGGCGGGCCCUGCCAACUCCUUCAUCGUCUACGAGCUGGCCUCUCAUGGCCAGCUCAGCGAGGCGUACGGCCGCGGCGAACCGCUGCGUCCGGUCAGGUCCUUCCGCCUCCGCGGCAUACAGGGCGUGAUACACAAGCUGACAUUCCUGCAUCCUCGACUCGGGGACGACCGCCACAUCAUCCUUCUGCUCGUCAUCGUCCGGCAUGGCAAAUCGAGGACGGUGAUAUACGAUUGGGAACUCGGAGAGGACCUCAAGACCGUCUUCGCCGAAGAAAAACAGGGCCAUAGAUUGCCUGUUGAGCACCAAAUGCCGCUGAUAAUCAUUCCCCUAACGGUUCAGUCCGCCUUCGUCUCCAUAUCGGAGCAUCAGAUCGCCGUCUGCACCGAGUGCCUGCAUGGGCCGCCGAAGUUCGAGAGCAUCGACGUGAAAGCGCCGCCCCCGACAGCCAAUCAUCGCGGCUGUCACCAGCCGCUAUGGACGGCUUGGGCAAGGCCUUUUCGGCUACAGACCUACAGUAAGAGCCGCGACUGCGUCUAUCUCGCCCGCGAGGACGGCGUGGUCGUGUUCCUAGAAGCUGAGCAGGACAACGCGCUCGCCCGCAGCACCGUCAUGGACACAUUCCCCUGCGGCAUAUCGACGGCGUUCGCCUGUCUGUUCGAUGACAGCACCGAUGUCCUGGUCCUCGGCAGCGAUUCGGGACCGGGAGGGCAUUGGAAGAUUCCUCCCCGGAAGCCCAUUGAGCUGCUCGGCGUCUUGCCGAGUUGGUCCCCGGUUGUCGACAUGACAACCACCGAUGAGUUCUCCACGUGGCAUCCGGAAGUCCACCAAGACAAGGCCAUGGUUCCGUGGCAGCAAGCCAAGAUGCGGAAACCGGACCGUGUCUUUGCGACGUGCGAGACCGGCUGCAAGGGUGCCAUCACCGAGUACCGCUGCGGCCUGAAGGCGCACAUCGGCCUCGACCUCGAUUACGGGGCCAGCGUGAAACAGGCCUGGCUUCUCCCUGGCCUCUACCCUGCCCAGCCUGAUGGUUACCUGCUGGUCCUUUCCAUGCCCGACUCUUCGGCGGCGCUGAACUUGGCCGGCGACUUUUCCAGCGCCGACCCGCCCGCUCCGGACACGAUACCGUUCGAUCUAUCAUCGACCACGCUGGCCUUGGCGCGUUCCGGUCAGUCGGCGGUGCAAAUCACUACGCAGAAGAUAGUAUUGUCAACGCCGCAUCAAAGCGCUCAGUUCGCCUUCGAGGCUUUGCCGGGGCUCGCGAAUGCGUCCGUCUCUGAUGCUUGCACGCUCGAUGACUGCAUUGCUAUUUCGGCGCACACGGACGCUCAAUUCCAAAUCCACGUCUUUAAGGCUGACUUCGAUAACUUCACUCUUGCGCUCGUCCAAGCGGUCGAUGUGGACGGUGAGGUCACUUGUCUGGCUCUCGGCACCAACUACACCCUCCUGGCCGGCAUCAGGAGGGGGUCUGAGAUCUUCCUGGCCAGCGCUUCGCUGCAGCACGCCUCCGGUGGCCUCGGCCUUGAGAUGGUCAACUUGACCGAGUACGUGACAGAAAAGGACGAGAGCCUCGGCCUGGACCUGGGCGCAGUCUCGGCACUUGAAGGAGUCGCCAGCAUUGUAUCAGUCGGGGAUGUCGUCUUCCUAGGUACAAGAAGCGGGGAAGUGAUGACAGUGACGCAAUCUGCCGGCUCGCUUUCCAUCGAUUGCGAGAAGUUCGGAAGGACAACGGCCAACGUCAGCGCCGGCCAUCGUGCUGGCGCGCCUGGCCCUAGCAUUUUGGUUUCUUGCGACGACAGUCUCAUCUCCGUGAGCCUGGAUCACCGGAGCAGCCACGGUGGCAGCAGCUCCGUCCACCGCACGACGAAAUUGAGGGUCUGGCCGGUGGACGCCAGCAAGCUCGAGACUCCCGCGCCGCCUGUGCACUACGCCGCAGCUGUGGAUAUGCCAGCCGACGACGGCAUCACCCCGAUCCUCAUUGUCUCCGGCUCGAGGUUGUUGCUCGCAGAGAUGAACCAUGCGCCCGGCCCGGCGCACCGGAUCAUUCCCGUUAACGGCACGCCCAACAGGGUCAUCUACUGCCAGUUCACGCAGUGUCUGGUUGCUGCGGUGAACUGGUACGGCGGGCCGGGCCUGGCGUUCAUCAACCCGGACACCGGGGACUACAUUGGCCGGCCCAUGGACAAGAACGGAGAGCCGCAAAGCAACAUUGCUGGCUUGGGGAAGGCUGGCGAUCGGAUCUUGGGUCUGGCGGAAUGGAACUACAGGCGCGACGGUAAUGUCUGGAACUUCAUCCUCGUCAGCACAAAAAGCGGCCGUCUCGUCCUCGUCUCGACGCAGAAGGUGAAGGCGGGGGAGGACGGUCCCACGUCGAUUCGGUAUUGGACCCAAUUCUGGAAAGAGGUCAAGGGACCCAUGUACGCGGUCUUUGGCUACGACCACGGCCUGGUCUACUGCUACGGCCAGACGAUCCAGUGGGAGGUGCUCGACGUCCAGGAGAAGAAAUUGAAGCCCAUCAUGUCCGUCCCGCUCGGCUCGCCCGCUACCGCCCUGCGGCUGUCGAGCGGCAAACUCGCCGUCCUGACGACCCGCGAGUCGCUAAUCAUUCUCGACUCCGUCCCAAAAAACGCCACCAACAACAACGACAACCCCCAGGACGAUGACGAUGACGAUGACAACGAAGACGAAGCGCGCGUGGACAAGAUCUGCCACAUCGACCCCUGGCGGCGCAACGCGGUCGACUUCAUCGAGAUCGCCGGCCCGCAGCUCGACGACCCGCGCAGCGGGCUCUUCCUCGUGGCCGACCGCGAGGGCGGCGUCGCGGCGCUGUGGGUGCCGCGGCAGACGCCCGACAGGGAGUGCGAGGUGGUGGUCGAGGCGGAGCUGCCGUAUUCGAUCCGGCGGCUGCGCCGCGGGCGCACGCGGCCCGCCUGGGAGCAGCGCCGCGCACCCCACGCCGGCGCGCAGCCCCGCUACGGCCGCCUGCCGGCCACGGUGGACGACGCGGAGAUCCUGGGCAUCUCGCUGCACGGGUCGCUGCACCGGUUCACGCUGCUGAGCGUGGACGCCUGGCGGCUGCUGCGGUUCGUGCAGAACCUGGCGCUCGCGAGCGAGGCCGUGUGUCCGUUCGUGUCGCCCCAGGUGCUGCGCGAGCAGCGGGGGCGCGACGGCAGCCCGGAGCCGCGGCUGAGCUACGGCCUGGACAUGCACGUCGAUGGCGACAUCCUACGGCGCUGUCUGGAGCGGCGGGCGCUGGAGGAGAUGGUGACCAGGGAAGGACAGCUGGCCAGGUUCGUGGAGCUGUUGACAGCGCUGGACGGCGGGAAGCAUGUCCAGGGCCUUCCUGCUGCCGGUGAGGGAAACUACGCGCCGUAUUUCCAGCUGGCAUAUGACAUCCUGGAGUACCAUUUGCUGUCGCCGCUGUGAAGACGGGGCAGCGAAGGGAGGAGGGUCAUCAGGGGGAUAGCAAUGCGGGUAACUCUUAUGAUCGGUCACUGCCAGCAAAGGGGGGAACUCUUGUCAUGUUAUUGACGUGAAAGAAACGGUGUAAAACACCCUGCUGGUUCUGCGUAAUAUUCCGUCUCUCAUUUGCACUGCAUGCCUGCGCCGAGCCUCAUUGACAAACUGUCCAGGUGCUGUGAUUG